GCGGGCCGCGCGUCGGGCGCCAGGCCCGGGGCUGUGGGCACGGUGCCCAGCCCCCGGCGCACGCCGACCGCCGCCGCCGCCGCCGCUGCUGCAGUCGGCAUCCAUCAGCGGGCGGGGGUGUCGCGGAACAGGCUGCUCCGCAGAGCCCGCCGCGGCCCGCGCGCCGCCUCGCCCCGCGGCCUCCGGGGCCCGAGGAGCUGAGGGGGGCCACCCCUCGCCCAGCCGCCCCGAGAUGGGGACCCCCAGGCCCAGGCGUGCUGGUCACCAUGACAACAGAGACAGGCCCCGAUUCUGAGGUGAAGAAGGCUCAGGAGGAGGUCCCACAGCAGCCUGAGGCUGCUGCAGCUGUGACCACCCCUGUGACUCCCUCAGGCCACAGCCACCAAGAGGCCAACUCCAAUGAGAAGCAUCCGCCCCAGCAGGACACUCGGCCUGCUGAACAGAGCCUAGACAUGGAGGAGAAGGACUAUAGUGAGGCCGAUGGCCUGUCAGAGAGGACCACGCCCAGCAAGGCCCAGAAAUCACCCCAGAAGAUCGCCAAGAAGUCCAAGAGUGCCACUUGCCGAGUCACUCUGCUUGAUGCCUCUGAGUACGAGUGUGAGGUGGAGAAGCAUGGCCGCGGCCAGGUGCUGUUCGACCUGGUCUGUGAGCACCUCAACCUCCUGGAGAAGGACUACUUUGGCCUGACUUUCUGUGAUGCAGACAGCCAGAAGAACUGGCUGGACCCCUCCAAGGAAAUCAAGAAGCAGAUCCGGAGCAGCCCCUGGAAUUUUGCCUUUACAGUCAAGUUCUAUCCUCCUGACCCAGCCCAGCUGACAGAAGACAUCACAAGGUACUACCUGUGCCUGCAGCUGCGGGCAGACAUCAUCACAGGCCGGCUGCCAUGCUCCUUUGUCACACAUGCCCUGCUGGGCUCCUACGCUGUGCAGGCUGAGCUGGGCGACUACGAUGCCGAGGAGCACGUGGGCAACUACGUCAGUGAGCUCCGCUUCGCCCCUAACCAGACCCGGGAGUUGGAGGAGAGGAUCACAGAGCUGCACAAGACGUACAGGGGCAUGACCCCAGGAGAGGCAGAGAUUCACUUCCUGGAGAACGCCAAGAAGCUCUCCAUGUAUGGAGUCGAUCUGCACCAUGCCAAGGACUCCGAGGGCAUUGACAUCAUGCUAGGUGUCUGUGCCAAUGGCCUGCUCAUCUACCGGGACCGGCUGAGAAUCAACCGUUUUGCCUGGCCCAAGAUUCUCAAGAUCUCCUACAAGAGGAGUAACUUCUAUAUCAAGAUCCGGCCUGGGGAGUAUGAGCAGUUUGAGAGCACCAUUGGCUUCAAGCUCCCAAACCAUCGGUCAGCCAAGAGGCUGUGGAAAGUCUGCAUCGAACACCACACGUUCUUUCGGCUGGUGUCACCUGAGCCCCCACCCAAGGGCUUCCUGGUGAUGGGCUCCAAGUUCCGGUAUAGUGGGAGGACCCAGGCACAGACCCGCCAAGCCAGCGCCCUCAUUGACCGUCCUGCACCCUUCUUUGAGCGUUCCUCCAGCAAACGGUACACCAUGUCCCGCAGCCUUGAUGGAGCAGAGUUCUCCCGCCCAGCCUCGGUCAGUGAGAACCAUGAUGUAGGGCCCAACAGUGACAAGCGGGAAGAGGAUGCUGAGUCUGGGGGGCGGCGGUCAGAGGCAGAGGAUGGAGAGAUCAGGACCCCCACCAAGAUCAAGGAGCUAAAGUUCUUGGACAAGCCAGAGGAUGUCCUGCUGAAGCACCAGGCCAGCAUCAAUGAGCUCAAAAGGACCCUGAAGGAGCCCAACAGCAAACUGAUUCACAGGGAUCGAGACUGGGAGCGGGAGCGCAGGCUGCCCUCCUCACCCGCCUCCCCCUCCCCCAAGGGCACCCCUGAGAAAACCCAUGAGAGAGCAGGGCUGAGGGAGGGCUCGGAGGAGAAAGCCAAACCUCCACGCCCCCGGGCCCCAGAGAGUGACACAGGAGAUGAGGACCAGGACCAGGAGAGGGACGCAGUGUUCCUGAAGGACAACCACCUGGCCAUUGAACGCAAGUGCUCCAGCAUCACGGUCAGUUCCACAUCCAGCCUGGAGGCUGAGGUGGACUUCACGGUUAUUGGUGACUACCAUGGCAGCGCCUUUGAAGACUUCUCCCGCAGCCUGCCUGAGCUCGACCGUGACAAAAGCGACUCUGAAACCGAGGGCCUGGUGUUCUCUCGGGACCUUAAGGGCCCCCCCAGCCAAGAUGAUGAGUCUGGGGGUAUCGAGGACAGCCCAGAUCGAGGGGCCUGCUCUACCCCGGAAAUGCCCCAGUUUGAGCCUGUGAAAACAGAAACCAUGACCGUCAGCAGCCUGGCCAUCAGAAAGAAGAUUGAGCCAGAGGCUGUACUGCAGAGCAGAGUCUCCACUGUGGACAGCACCCAGCAGGUUGAUGGGAGUGCCCCAGUGGGGAAGGAAUUCAUGACAACUCCCGCCUCCAUCACCACGGAGACCAUAUCAACCACCACGGAGAACAGUCUCAAGUCCGGGAAGGGGGCAGCUGCCAUGAUCCCAGGCCCACAGACGGUGGCCACGGAAAUCCGUUCUCUUUCUCCGAUCAUCGGGAAAGAUGUCCUCACCAGCACCUACGGCGCCACUGCGGAAACCCUCUCAACCUCCACCACCACCCAUGUCACCAAAACUGUGAAGGGAGGGUUUUCUGAGACGAGGAUUGAGAAGCGAAUCAUCAUCACUGGGGACGAAGAUGUUGAUCAAGACCAGGCCCUGGCUUUGGCCAUCAAGGAAGCCAAACUGCAGCAUCCUGACAUGUUGGUAACCAAAGCUGUUGUAUACAGAGAAACAGACCCAUCCCCGGAGGAGAGAGACAAGAAGCCGCAGGAAUCCUGACCUCCGUGAAGAGAUGCUGGCGUGUCUGGUCCAACCCAAGCCAGAGAACCAUUAAGAAGGGGCCUUCAUUGUGGAUUCUCCAACACAACACCGAUGUCCCAGCUGCGACAUACUGUCACUGAUGAGAGACUGGGAAGGGAAAAGCAUAUAUAUAUAUAGAUAUAUAUAGAUAUAGAUAUAUAUACAGGAAACACCGCGUCCUUGCACUGCUGCUGGGGCUGGCGGAGCAGUCAGCUGAUGGCAACAACCAACAUCUGCAACAACCUACAUUUCCUUUGCAGACACAUUGAAGAAUUGGUGGGAUUUUUUUUUCCAGGAAAAAAAAACAUAUAACAACCAUCCUCCCUUGCUCUCCCCUUCCCCCUGCUGAACCACAAAAGCAGACCACGAUGAUUGUAGAAGUCCCAUUCCAUCCUGGGUGUGCAGGGUCCAGUUAGUGGAUUGUUUGUUCUCAGCAUCUGUGGGCCUCUCAAAAGCAAAGGAAAACUGUCAUGCAGCCAAACAAGAAGUUGCAGCAGCAAGACACGCACGCACAGUCAACCAUUUUCUGAGAAAGAAAGAAAAUCUCCCACGUGGAAAGGAGGAGGAGGAACACUGGAUUAUUAUUUUCUGGGUCUUGACACUGGGCUGCAAAAUCCACCUUUUUUUUCCGCCUCCCCUCACCCUCAACUCUUACACGUCUUGUCGUCAUUUUCUGUCUCAGCUCCUCUCCCCCACCCUCUGCUUCUCCCCCGUGUGUCCGGGCCUUGCUGAGGGCCACUUCAGAUGACUCUCAUUUGAAAAGAGAAAAAGCAAAGGAAGCAAGAACAGAAAACGAAGCCAUGGGAAGGGAAGUAGACAUUGUCUGUUUCUGGUUUCUCAUGAUGAAGGUGCAGCUCGUAGGAGAUGUGUAUGGAUGUGCUUUUAAGUUUUGUAUAUUCUAUAUAGCAGGAAACAAGUAUUAAAAUAAACAGUGCUGGUAAGUAUGAAGCUGACAUUCUCAAGUUAAAAUUAUCAGACUGUGAUUGAUGUAUCCCAAGGUUCCUAGAUCUUGCUGAACUGGCCCAGCUGAGGAGCUUGGACUAGGUAUGGUCAGCUCCCAGUAGGGUGAACGGGUUCAGUGUAGUAAAACUGUGUGGUGUUUGUAACUGGGUGAUUGGUGGGGAGAGUGAGAGCCCCCCCCUGCCCCGUGGAGAAGUGGGGGUUCAGCAAGGAGGAAGCAACACAGAUAUAGUCCCAAACAAGCUGGUCUGAAAUGCCUUCUCCAGAGCUUGGUCUGUGCUCAGACAUGGGGUUGGAGUCAGAACUCUGCAGCUGAGGCUGUGGAGUGGAGGUCCCCUAGCUCAGUCCUCCUACCUCCCUAGGGGGCUUGCCUUGGUUUUCAGUCUUCUCCUUGUUUGUUUUAUUAUUAUUAUUUUGCCACAUCUUGCUCUUUCCUGACCACAUUGUGAUGACUAGCUCCAUACCCUCAGGAAGGUGGUACCUCGGCCAAGGUAAGACAUGGUGGCUCUUACUUGGCUCUCUAAAAGUACCCAGCUCCUCCCCUUACAUUUCUGAAUCAUGAUAAAGGGACUGUAAGCACAGGGCAGGUCCUAUAGGUCACAACUGCAUUUCCAAAGGCCUCACCUCCCCCACAACAAUGGAAGGUGAAAGGUGGUAUGGCCAUAGAUUCUCAGCAUUAUAGACCCUGGCUUGGGAAGAGCUUCCUAUCAGUCAGCAUCUGAGCCUGUGCCCUCAGAGUCCCAGAAAUGGCCCUGGACCACAAGCAGCCUUUGGAAAAAACCCUGCACAAGCUGAGCAUUGCCCUCUGGCACACGUGGGCUGGCUUUCUUGGUCUUGCCUGCCACAAGCUACUUCCUGAGCUAAGGGAAUGCCCCUUUCUGAGAGAUGACGCCUCCUAGCACUUGAAUUUCUUUGUCUUAUUUCACUUCCCAGUCCUGCUUCUAAAACAGUAAGUUCAUGCAACAAAUGUCUAUUGAAUACCCACUGUUCUUGAGCUAAAGAGAAGUAUGAGGGGAGAGGAGGGACCUGGGAAGCUACCUAGGCCAGCCUUCUAUCCCCAGCCAUGGCUAGCCCAUCUGAGGACAUUCCUCCACUCUCUAUAACCUAUUGGAUGUUACACAGGGAUGUUCCCCAGAGGCCCCAGGCGAGGUGUGCCCCCUUGGCUUGCUUAACAUAUACCUUAACCACUUAGCUGGUGCUGACCUAAAGCAGGGUAGGAAACUAGAAUAGCUUUUAUCCCUGAGCAAAUGGGAAGUAGAGCAAGGCUUUCAGAUGGCAGAGUCAGCUGCAUCCCCCUGGAGCAGGCUGGUGCUGGCUGAUGCUCCCACUCCUCCCACCCCUUGCCCAGGUAUAGCAGCCCACUUUCCCUGCUCCAGAUUCUUUGCACUCUUAUUGGUGGAGAAGCUACAGAACCUUCUUCCUGCCCUUCACAACUUGAGAGCUCCUGCUCCUUCUGAGCCAAGAGUUUAAAUUGCUCCAUCUUCUCUAAGCCACUUGGAAUUUGGCUCAGGCCCCCCUACCUUUGCAGGGACCAGGUGUCCUGAGCACAUUGGACACACCUCAGAGGGAGGAUCUUUGUUGUGGGUUUCACACCUGCCUCUAGGCCCUGGGUGUGUGGCUUCAUGACAGAGAUGAAGUAAUCAGGCUGAGCUUGUGAGCCUCCAGGGUUUGUGGAGAUCUUCACCCAUGGAUGCUCUGACCUUCCUUCCAUAGAGAGGCAGGCAGUGCCACCAGGGAGGAAAGGACUGCAAAGCUAAAAUCUAGAGCACUGUUUCCUCCCCAUCCUCCUUUCCAUAGAGAAUAGAGGCGUUUGUCUUGUCUGUCUUCAACCUAUUUUUCUUUUUUAUACUUCUCAUAUUAUCUGUGCUGCCAAGAAA